AUGAGUACAGGGUCACAGAGGGACAAACCUUACUUCAAAGAAUCGGAUUUGAAGUUCAAUCGUCUUUUAGGUGUAUCUGGUCAAUCUAACAUAUUUUCCGAAAACUCGCACGUCAAUGUGCAAGCAUACUUACCAACCGAUUAUUUUUCCUCUUCCAAUCCUACAGAUUCAAUGGAAGCAAAUUUCAAUGAUAUUAACGAAUGGACUUGGUGA